CAGCCUCUAAGAUGCAUUGUAGGGUUCAAGAGCUGGCCAGAGAAAGACUGUCCCUCCUGCUUAAUCCAAACAAGAGUGAAUAACGCAGCGAGUUAAGAUAUAGACCCUGGCAUAUGAAACCUGUUCUGUCGGCUUUUAUCAUACCCAAUCGAUUUGAAGUGCUCUUAAGACACCAUGAAGUGGACUAUAUCUCUUCGAUUCGCCAUAUUCGUGCUCAGCAUCUUCCCAGCCCACACGUUCGCAAGCGUUGGGGUCAAACGCGAUGACCCCCCGGUAUCAGACCGAUAUGUCUUUGCCCACUUCAUGGUCGGAAUAGUUAAGGAUUACCAAAUGAAGGACUGGAUCGCCGACAUAGAAGCCGCCCAAGCUAUUGGCAUAGACGCCUUCGCUUUGAACUGUGCCAGCGUCGACAGUUAUACCCCCACGCAACUGGCGCUCGCCUACAAAGCGGCCGAUAAAUUGGGCUUCAAGGUCUUUAUUUCUUUCGACUUCGAUUACUGGUCCAAUGGCGACACAGCAAAGAUCACCGCGCUUACGCACCAGUACGCCAACCACCCGGGCCAAAUGAAAUACCGGGGCGGCGCUGUGGUGAGUACGUUUCUGGGCGACAACUUCGACUGGGGCCCUGUGAAGCAAGGUACCUUGGACCCGAUCCAUGUUAUUGCAAACCUUCAGGACCCGGCAUCCGCGUUCAGCAACAGGGUUCGAUCUGUGGACGGGGCAUUUUCGUGGUACGCUUGGCCAACGAAUGGAGAUAAUAGCAUUGUCAAGGGUCCCAUGACGACGGUCUGGGAUGAUCGAUUUAUCAGUAAUCUCGCAGGGACAACAUACAUGGCGCCCGUCUCGCCCUGGUUCGCCACCCAUUUCGACAGCAAGAAUUGGGUCUUCGUUUGUGAGAACCUUCCGACACUGCGGUGGGAGCAGAUACUUACUCUUCGCCCUGAUCUGGUUGAAAUUAUCUCCUGGAAUGACUACGGCGAAUCGCAUUAUAUUGGCCCAUACCAAACGAAUCAUAACGAUGACGGUUCUUCCGAGUGGGCCCAAGGAAUGCCGCACGAUGCCUGGCGGGAUUUGUAUCAGCCCUACAUCGCCGCCUUUAAGUCCGGAGCCGCCACCCCGAGACUCGAUAAGGAUAGCCUCGUGUACUGGUACCGUGCCACCCCGAAAAGCGUGCUUUGCCCGCAGGAUGACCUACGGCCUCCGAACGGAAUUUCCAUGCUCAGUGACAGCAUCUUUGUAGCGACCAUGUUGACCAGCCCUGCAACACUUAUAGUGACUAGCGGGUCGAAUGCGCCAGUGCGAAUUGACGUACCUGCUGGGAUCGUGACUUCCAAUGUUUCUAUGGGUAUGGGAACGCAGAAGUUCACCGUGAGUCGUAAUGGGCAGACUAUCAUGAGUGGACAGGGGGACCUGGCGGUGCAAAAUCAGAGCAGAUAUUAUAACUUCAAUGUGUAUGUGGGAAAGAUUGUAAGGGCUUGAUCGGCGUGUAAGCCUUCAUUAUGCUACUGCUUGCGAACUAGCUGAUCUCAACUGAAGGAACUACUGCUG